AUGGCGCGCGGGCCAGUCGGUGCGACCGACUUUCGGCUACCGUACCCAAGCAACUCAAAGCUGCCGGCGCCCUAUCCGGGAGUGGGUGAGAUAAUCACGCUGCGGGAGGACCGCAAACUAAACAUCAUGAACAACUGGUACUAUUGGCAUGAAAAUCAGCACUCAAUGCUGUGUGACCACCCAGCCCAGGCAGAGCGAUAG